CCCUCUUCCUCUGUUGGCAGUCUGAGAAUGCACAUAAGAGUAGUUCAGUGCCGCCAUUGAAGCCACCACAAAUCGCUGUUCCUUCUUACUUCUGAGCAACUGCAAUUCAUUUGUCUCAGAGAAAGAGUGAUACAUCACUCUGAAUGGGUUACAUCCACUAUGGAAGAAAUCUCCGCAACAUAUUCAGAUUCAAAUCCGCCACCGGCUUCGUCACAAAUUCUGCCAGAUCGCAGCCGAGGUCACGCGCUCCUUUUCUCGGAAAUGUUCCUUUCUCCACCAAUUCGGACGCCAGAAUGGUGCAGGACCUUCUAGCGGAGGUGGAACGCGACAGACUCAGGGAGCGAAACGAGCGAUUGAGACUCGGUUUGGACACAGCUGACAUCGACGCGGAGCCCGAGCAGGAUUACAUGGGCGUGGAGCCACUCAUCGCGAAGCUGAAUAAGAAGAACGAGAAGGAAUCGGGGGACUUGAAUCGCUACGAGGAGCCCACGGACUCCGAUGACGAUUCCGACGAGGAAACGCGGGAAGAGGCCGACAAACGGCACCGCGACUUCGAGCGCAAGUUCGAGCGCCACCAGGACCUUCUCAAGGGCUUCACCGACGCCGAAACCCUCGAUGACGCCUUCAAGUGGAUGACCAAAAUUGACAAGUUCGAGCACAAGCAUUUUCGUCUACGUCCGGAAUAUAGGGUUAUCGGCGAGCUCAUGAACCUGCUCAAGGUGGUGACGGAGCAGAAGGAUAGGUUUGUUCUGCAGAAUAAGCUUAAUAGGGCGUUGAGGUUGGUGCAGUGGAAGGAGGCCUAUGAUCCUGAUAACCCUGCCAAUUAUGGUGUGAUUCAGCGUGAGCAGCAGGAUGCGGCUGCCGCGGCGGAUGCACGGGAAGACGCUGAGUUGGAGAAGGAGAAGUUGAUUGGGGAAGGGGAUAAUGCUGGUGAUGAUGAUGAGGAGGAGUUUGAUGACAUGAAGGAGAAAGAUAAUGUACUGCUGGCUAAACUUGAGGCUAUUGACAGGAAGCUUGAGGAGAAGCUGGCGGAGCUUGAAUAUACGUUUGGGAGGAAGGGGAAGGCACUGGAGGAAGAGAUCAAGGAUCUUGCUGAGGAGAGAAAUGAAUUGACUGAGCAGAAGAGAAAACCGCUUUACCGGAAGGGUUUUGACACAAGAUUGAUAGACAUGAACCGAACUUGUAAAGUCACCAAGGGAGGACAAGUUGUGAAGUAUACUGCUAUGGUAGCUUGUGGAAACUAUAAUGGUGUUAUUGGUUUUGCAAAAGCCAAAGGCCCUGCAGUCCCAGUUGCCCUUCAGAAGGCCUACGAGAAAUGCUUUCAGAAUUUGCAUUACGUAGAGCGACAUGAGGAGCAUACAAUUGCCCAUGCAAUUCAAACGUCUUAUAAAAAGACCAAGGUGUAUCUCUGGCCUGCUCCAACAACAACUGGUAUGAAAGCUGGCAGAACAGUGGAAUCCAUACUUCACUUGGCUGGUUUAAAGAAUGUCAAGUCGAAGGUCAUUGGUUCCAGAAAUCCUCAUAAUACAGUUAAGGCUGUCUUCAAAGCACUUAAUGCGAUUGAAACACCAAGGGAUGUUCAAGAGAAGUUUGGUAGGACUGUGGUUGAGAAGUAUCUGUUGUGAUGGAUAUGGCGAUGUGGUGAGUUCAGUCUUGCUUGUCUUCUAUUUAAUUUCUUAAUUGUACUUUUCAAUCAUGUGCAUUUACCGAGAAUGGAAGGGAGUUUUCCGAACGAAUUACUUGUGAACAUUAGCUGUGGAAUUUUGGCUGUAACUUUUCUUUAGCAAACGCAAAAGGAACAAUAGUUUAGGAAAUGUUCCUUUUUGUUUGUCUGUUUUUCCUCGCAUUUUGAAGCAUUCAAUUUACAAUCCCAUACCCUCCUUCAAGAAAGGAUAGUCAAAAGUGGUAGCACACAACUUCAGUGAUAUGUGGAAACUUAGUUUAACAUUUGAUUACAAGUUCUGCUUAUUCA